UGUAAAACGUCUUUAAAUUCUGACUAAAAGACUUUCAAAAUUCGUAUUUUUUUAAUUAUUAUAAGCAACUAAAAUGUCCCGUAUUGAUAGAUGCAUUGAUGUUGUGUUUUGAUAAUUGUUUUUGACUUCAGUUGUACGUGCUCGACCGGUGUUGAAAUGCAUUCAAAUGUUUGAUCUCCAUUGCAACAAAAAAUUGUUCUUAAAAAUAGUUUUUAAAUAAUCAGUGUCCCUUUUGAAGCAAAGCUGAUUUGAUAGAAGAAUAUUUAACUAACCAUCAAAGUAGUUUUUAAAAAUGAACAGUCUCGAGGCGAUUGUGAUUAAUGUUUACAAAUUAACAGAGAAGGGUAAAGUUGUUUUUGCUAUAAAGCACGAAUUUCAUCCAGUCACAAAGGAAAUAAUCUCUAGAAGGUAUUUCACCACAGAAAACCUAACUUUCGAGCUUUUCGACGACGACAAAUUGAAUUUAAACUGCUAUCGAUUCCCCCUGGGAGAUAAUCUGGUGAAAUUCAUAAAACUGGAAGAGUCGCUGGAUGUGCCAGUGGUAAAAUGCAUGUUUAAUAUUUCAAUGGAGAUAAUAUGCCAAAACUGUGAGAGAGUUUUUUCGACGAAGUAUCAGUACCAACGGCAUCAGUGUGAAUUUAAUGCAGAGAAGGUGAUUUUAAAACCAGACACUGACCUAAAGGAAACUGAACAAACUGUCCGAGAAAAAUACAUCUGCGACGUUUGCAACAGGCAAUUCGCGAGUAGAAGCAACCUAGAACGACACCAUGUCAGCCACGAAAAUGUCGAAAAUAAUGUUUGCGAACACUGCAAGAAACAGUUCGUCAGCGAAAACCGUUUGAAAACGCACAAAGAAAACCAUUGCAAAAAAGCCGGAGACCUGUCAAAGUUCUAUCGUAGCGACGUUGUAAUUUGGAAAUGCAAAACAUGUCACGAGGUAUUUUCGUCUGAAGUCACAGCUAAGUACCACGUUUCCAUUUGUACCGAAAUGGUGGAAAUUAGUAGUGAAAAUAAUGAUGGAAGUAGCAACAAGGAAAAUGAACCGCCGGCUCAGAAGGAAAAGUGUGGGGCAAAUGUUGAAAAAAUGCUCACUGAGAUACUGUUGCAGUGUGAAUUCUGUAACAGGACUUACGCGGAUAAAACUUUGCUGCUGAUGCAUCAGAGGAAGCAUACCACUGCGAAGAAUUAUGAGUGUGUUAACUGCUCACAGAUUUUUGAAUCGUAUGCAACGGCAGCGCAGCACUGGAUGAAAAAAUGUUCAGAAUACGUCAGUUUGUUCUACCUUCCAAAACUGACUUACUGCGAAUACUGUGAUAGAACGUUCAAAUCCCAUGAACUGCUAUAUACGCAUAAGAUCAAGAAAAAACAUUACACCUCCAAAUUGCAUAAUCCUACAAGCAGUGAAGAAGUUGAGGAAGUUGUGGCUAAAAAGGAGAAGUUCAACGAAAAUAAAGAGGUACUGAAUAAGUUAAUUGAAGACGUACUAAAAACCUUGAAUGUGCCAAUCAACACGAUCGGCAACACGAUAUCCUCAAUAGCCCACGAAGACAUCAAAAACGAACCUUUGGAUUUGUCUAACAAAGAAAACGAAAUCAAAGUAGGUGAAAAGAAAAAGAGAGGUAGAAAGCGAAAGUGGCCAAAGGAGGAUGUUAAGAUGAAGAUUUUUAGCGGAGAAGUAGACGAAGGGUUCAAAUACCAGUGCGAGAGAUGCAUCAAGGUGUUCGGUAAUAUCGCUGAUUUGGAGAGUCACAGAGACAAGCAACAUGCUGCUAGCUUCACUUGCGAUGAAUGUGGACAGGUUCUCCAUAGUGCCAAGGCACUGCUUAUCCACAGUAGAGCUCACAAAAGCUUAAAACCAUAUGUAUGCGAGACUUGUGGUCGAAGCUACUCCCAAACUUCGCAUUUGUGGCAGCAUAUGCGUUUCCAUCAAGGAAUCAAGCCCUUUGCUUGCCCUCAUGAGUGCUGCGAGGCCAGAUACACGAUCCGUCCUGAUCUGAAAGACCACAUUCGCAAGGUGCACACCAGAGAGCGUCCUUUCAAGUGCAACGUCUGUGAUAAGUGCUUCCUUACAGGAUCUGUCUACUACCAACACCGAUUGAUCCACACCAAUGACAGAAGAUACGCAUGUGAUGUAAUGACUGCUUGAAAAAGACACUUAAACAUAAAAGAGCCCAUAAUCUAUGCUGAUCGAAAAAAUUAAGAGGUCAAACACACAAUGUAAAUGUUUAAUGAUUCUUUGAAGUGCUGCAUGUCAGUAGAAAAUCGUCGUACUGAGGUUAUAAAGGAAGCAAUUUAAAGCUUCAAAAGGCUGUUUUUUAUCUUUUCCCAAGUAGCUCAGGGCAUUGGCUAAACAUUGAUUUUAUAUUGAAAUAAAUUUUAAUAUAUUGGCACUAGCAUUCCAAACAAACACCAAUUUCUGGCCUAUAUUGGCUAAACUUUGAAAAAUACAUUAGGUUUUCUGUUUUCUUGUACAAUAAAGAGAAAUUUAAAUAUAUAUGUGAUUUGGUUCUGCCAGACAAUGGAGUCCUGCAAUAUUUUUUUAAUUGGUUGUACGUCUUGCAAGCAACAUUGGAUUUCAAUAUUGAGUCAAUAAAGAAUAGAUGUUUAGUAAUGUAAAUAAUCGUUGAAGCAAUAUUUCCAUAUUUGAUUGGGAUAAUAAGACCAAUGUAUCCAAAUGUCCAUAUUUUUUCUUGCACCAAUAUUGGAAAAUUAGUUAGGAUCAAUGAGUCGGUAGUAUUGUUUCUAUAUUGGGACAAUAUCCGUGUGCUACUUGAGUUGGCCAAAGAAUUUUCAAAGCUGCAGGUUCUAGACAAUUCUGGGGAAAAGUGUGAAAUCUUUUUUAUCUUUAAUCAGGUCGAUUGACUUGGAAAAAUGUGUUAUCACUAAACCAUUAUAUGGACUCAAUAGCCUGUUUAUUUAUCUUCGAUUUGUUUUUUCAAAACCUCGAUACGACCAUUUCUUGCUAAGAUAUCGGAUUUUUAAUGAAAAGGAAUUAUCGGUAUCUCAAGAACCAAUCCUCGUACAGAAAAUCAAAGGAGAUUUCUAAAGCUGGAAUGAUCAUUUAUGGAAAAAUAUUUUUUUCAUCCUUUAUAUGGGCUGGAAUGGAAAAAAUGGGUAAUUUAUGUUUUUUGAUUAAAUUGCAGGUAUUAAUAAAAUUACAAAAUGAUGAAUGUGACUUUUACAGCUCCAUUAUCCACAAUAUAUAAAAUAUAUAUACAGGGUGACUUU